GUAAGCAAAUGCUAAGGGACUGAGUACUGUGACAGGAAGCCUCUGAGCAAGACCUACAAAGAGAAGAUUUUAAUUUAAUUCUAGUUACUUGCAUGUAGAGCACACCAGCACUUGCCAUUAAGCAAGCAGAGCUGACCACCAUCUCAUCAUGUCUACUGAAGCUGAAACUACUGCUGUCAACACCCAGCCUGAGCAACAGGCUCCAGCAAAAGCACAACCUUCCAAGAAGGAAAAAAAGAAAGGGCCAGAAAAGACAGAUGAAUCUCUCUUGGCUAGAUUCAAAGGUGAUGGUGUAAAAUACAAAGGUAAACUGAUUGGCAUUGAUGAUGUCCCAGAGGCAAGAGGAGACAAAAUGAGUCAGGAUUCAAUGAUGAAGCUGAAGGGAAUGGCCGUGGCAGCCCGUUCCCAGGGUCAACACAAACAGAAGAUCUGGGUGAACAUCUCCCUCUCUGGCAUCAAGAUAAUAGAUGAGAAAACUGGGGUCAUAGAGCAUGAGCAUCCAGUAAAUAAAAUCUCCUUUAUUGCUCGUGAUGUAACAGACAACCGUGCCUUUGGCUAUAUUUGUGGGGGAGAAGGCCAGCACCAAUUUUUUGCCAUAAAAACAGCACAACAGGCUGAGCCUCUAGUUGUUGAUCUUAAGGACCUAUUCCAACUAAUAUAUAAUAUGAAAAAGAAGGAAGAAGACGACAAGAAAAAAAGUGAAGAAGCAAGUAAGACUGAGGGAGCUGACCAAAUGGACUUGUUUGGGGAUAUGUCAACUCCUCCUGAUAUGAGCAGUCCCACAGAAGCUAAAGAGAUUCUGUUAGUGGAUCUAAAUUCUGAAAUUGAGACAAAACAGGCUUUUACAAAAGAGGAUCUCUUCUCGAAUGGCAUCACAACUUCUCUUCCACAACCAAAGCCACAGCCACCCUUCUUGCCUGAGAGUUCUCUCUCUACCAAUCUCAGCUUCUUUCCUACACCUAAUCCAGACCCUUUCAGUGAUGACCCUUUCACACAGCCCGACAAAUCUGCACCAACAUCAUUUGAUUCUCUAAAAUCUGCUGAUCAGAAGAAGGAAAGUCUGAGUACCUUGACACCAGUGGGUAAUGGUGCUCCAAACAAUGAUGUCGACUACUUUGGUAAACAGUUUGACCAGAUUUCUAACAGAACUGGCAAACGAGAAGCACUAACAAGCCAGUGGCCACUUGAGAGUAAGUCACCUGCAACAGGAACUCCAAAUGGGGUACCAGAAAAAGAACAGAAUGGCGUUCUUAAAGCCCCAUCAAACCAGUUUGUGGAGGGUCCUUCCACAGGAGUACCUCUGCAGAACGGAGUAAAGCUGGAUUCUGAAAGCAAUGUCCAGCUAAUGUCACAUGAGUCUAUAACAAUUAGCCCACCACCACAAAGUACGAAGCCAGGAAGAGGAAGGAGGUCUGUCAAGACUUCAUCGAAUGACUUAUUUAGCUCAGACUUCUUUGUGCCGACUACAGAGUCCCUUAGUUUGACCUCAGUGGCACAGACACGACCUCUGCCAACUAGGGCACUGGAUCUCUUCAAAACAAAUCCUACCACAGCACCUUCAUUGGUUUGUCUAGGUGGCUUGCCAGUAACCCCAUCACCAUGGAGUACACAGGCACCUGUCUUCACUCAGCCUGCACCAGUCUUUCCUGGGUCUAUGGUGCCUGCUCAGCCUCAAGGAUUUACUCAAGCCUUUGGUAGUCAUGCAGUGCCAAGCUGGAACCAGCCUGCAUCUUUUAGUACAGCAGCCACUCAGUCCUCUAGUCUCUGGGCACAGCCAGCACAAGUUUCAUCUAGUUCAUGGGCACAGCCAUCCGGUGCUGCAAAUCCUUUCCAGAGUAGUGUGUUCCCAUCUUCAACACUACCAGCUCAGACACCAUCUGUACUGUCCUCUGUGUCAACAACAACUAGCCCACCUCAGCCACCACCUAGAGCUGCGCCUCAGAAGGAGCUAUCCAAGAAAGAAAGUGAUGCUUUUAUUGCCCUGGAUCCACUUGGUGAUAAAGAGAUGAAGGAUGUCAAGGAAAUGUUCAAAGACUUCCAGCUGACAAAGCCACCUGCAGUACCAGCAAGGAGAGGAGAGCAGCAAAGCCUUUCAGAACCACCAAAGCCUGCUCCCCGACAAAGUGUGCUGCCAGCUGAUGGCCUGUUUGAAAGUCAAGCUAAAACAGACCUUUUCACUGUCUCAUCUAAGGAAUCUCAGAAACCACCUUCUGGUCCUUUUGGUGACUCUUUUGGUAAUCCAUUUGCAUAGAUCAGGCAUAACCAGAAAAGGACAAAUGGAAUAACUGGACCUCUUCUCACCAUGAUUGUUCUACAUGUUUCACUUUGCUGUCUGCCACUCUUGCUGCCAUUCCACGGUGUCUGUAAUCUAAAGUACGUCCAGGUGGAUUGAAACGCAAACCCUCAAAGAACAUGCUGUGAAGACGAUAAUUCAGGGCAAAGAAAAUGGACAGUUGGACUGGUGCUGGAGACACAAAUUCAAAUUUGGGGAUAUUAACUUCACUUUAGUUCUUUGCAGUCUUCCACAGGAGAGCUUAGCAACACUAAGUCAUGCAUCUUGUAAACAUGGUUACCACAAUCCCUCUUUCUGUAGCACUUCCUGUCCUAAAAUAUAGGAACUGAAUGUACCUGGGGAAGGAGUGUUGCAUUGAUAGAAGGGAACAGAACUAGUAGCUAAGAUUCCACACCUUAAACAACUCGGUCAGUUGUCUGUUGUCACAACAGCAGCCAGUUGUAAAGGUAAGUGGACACCACUCAGUUCUGAUUGGUGACUGGAGGUAUGACUUGGUCUCUGAGCCACAAAUGUGUAAACUGUAUGGUGGGGGAAAGAACAUCCAAUACUUGUCUAUUUAACUAAAGGUAAAAGUAUCAUUCUGCCAUAAACGUGUAAUAAAGGGACUAACUGUGGGGUCUGUAACAGUACUGCUGGAGUCCUGAGUACUAGGGGUCUAUACUGUAGGGUCAGAUAAGCUGAAACAAUUGUUGCCGGACACUGAGGUAGUCAUGGACCCUAACUGUUGUCUUGGUGCUAAUACGGCUCUUUUCAGGGAGGGAAAACUACUAGGAUUACUCUUCUGUUAAGGUGGUUUGGCAGACAAAUGGAACAAGCAGAUAGGCUUCUUGCAUAUAUCUCAGUGAACGUCUCUGAUGUCGCUCAGUUUGAGUUGUUACAUGGUGUAGCGUGGCAUGUGUCCAGUAUGCUAAAAAAGCAAAAAGACAAUCAUGGCUUCACUCCGUGCCUAGAUUCCUUGUGAACAGAUGCACCACCUGUGUGCUAUUAAUGUGAGGUAGUCCUCCAUCUCUUGAAAACCAUGCCUUUUCUAAAGAGCCUCUUUACUAACAGAUCCUUUAAGCAGUUGGUUAUACCUGACUGUAACAGCUCCAUUGUUGGCCAGUGGUGAUGUCUGAUGUGUCAGAGGUUUUUCUGUUAAUACUAAGUAUAAAAUUGAAAUAAUAUUGUUAAAUCAAAUGCCUAAGCAGUUGCUGGAGACCUAAGAAAGUCAACUUGAAUACUUCCUGAGUACCAAUUCAGACAGUCUUGCAAUUAGUCUUGUAUAGAAACCUCUCUUGCACUUUCUGUAAUGCAAAAAAAAAAAACAAACUAAAAAAACUAUGAAUUUAAGUAUUUGUCUCAAACUGGAAAUGUAGAAACUUAUGGAUGUUACGCUGUUAUAUAAAACUGUAGUAUCUCAAGUGAUGUUACCUAAUGACAUUAAACACAGCAACUCUUCAUACCAACCAACCAUCAGUGUGGCUGUUGAUUCUGUCCUCCAUAACUCAAUCUUGUGUUCUAAUUAACCAUAGGAGUUCAGAGCAUGCUAAGAAUUGUUUUCUUGCAGGUUCUUACUAUAGCUGUCUUAUAGCAAGGUCUUAAGUCUUUCUGUAGCUUCUUGCAUCAGGCCUGUUCAACAAAUGCUAUCCUACAGUAAAAAAUAAAAUCCUCAGCUGACCUAGUAAACUGUUGCUAGAAGCUUGUCCCAUUAGCUGCUCGGCUGGAGUUUGCUGCUACUAAACAAGCCUUCUUGCUCCCUUCUGCAGGACCAUGGAAGUUAGGUACUUAAAUUGCAUUGCAUUCAGAAAUUUCCUUAAUCCAAUUUGCCUGUUCCAGCUUUGUAGGAGGUCAAGCUGAUGCUGGGAAAACUAAAUUAAAACACUUAGCUCAUGUUCAGAACAAAUUUUACAACUCCUGUAAUGGAUAUAGCUAAAAAGAAUAAAUCCAUUAAAAAGUUACUGGUUUAGACUAGCCUUUAGUACUGGAGAGAGACCUGUAACUCAGCUUGAUGUAUCACUGAAUAAAUAGAAUGGAUGCUUGUGUACUUACUUUUAAUACUGUUUGAUUGGUAUGGUUAAAGAGUUGAAAACAACUUACUGAAAGGGAGUUGGUAUCCAGCUUGAAAUACAGGUCUUAUGGUGCUUCACAGAGAGUCACUGGUUGGU